UUCUGUACUGCAUCUUGAACUGACCCGGAUGGCCAAUUAUGCUCUAAUCACUUUCUUAAUACUAAUACUUGCACCCUUUGCAAUAGUUGAAAGCAAAUUUAUGGCCAAAAGGGUGCUCCAAGGUGCCAACAAUGGCUCAUUAGUAUCAUCGCCUUGGCUUAAAAAAGUGACCAAUGGAGGGCGGGGGCGAGAUCCAUGGCCUCCAGGACCAGGGUGCCGGAACAGGCCACGGAUAUGUAGUCGAGGGAAGAAGCCAGGAACCCAGAUGAGAUGUUGCAGGAACCGUUGUGUUGAUGUGAGUUCCGAUGUAAAUCACUGUGGUUUGUGUGCGAUCAGGUGCCCAUUUACAUGGCAAUGUUGCCGUGGCUUUUGUAGCAAUACAAGUGUUAGUCGCUUUAAUUGUGGCAAGUGUGGCAGUAGAUGCCCUUGGGGAGUGCGUUGCUACUAUGGUAUGUGCGGUUAUGCUCAGCCUGAACCUCGGCCGCGGCCAACACACCCACCACCACUUGGCAAAGGCAGACAAGAACCACCAUGGGGUGAUCAGCCACCUUCUAGCAACAUAUAAUAAAUGUUCUUAUGUCUCUGAUAGUGUGUGGAUUGUGUGAAGGCAAGCUGCAUAUUUCAUGUUUCAGCAAUUCGAUGAUCUUGUUCUGCUUAUAAAUCAGUAUAUGUGUGAGUUUGCGUUUUAUUUAUCAAUCUUCUACAGUCACUGUUCUUGUUUUUCGUUACCAUGCCAAAGCUUAACAAGUGUAGUGACCAUUUUGCGUUGUCAUUGCUCUUUAAUUUCGAUUUGUUAGAGCAAAAGAAUACUCUAUUGUUAACCUUUUAUGUCCCUCAGAAAGAGCAGAGCUUAUAUGUGCAUGCUCCAUCUCUGGAAUGGCUUUCUUGCGCGUUGUGUUGUGAUAUAAAGAAUUUGAAAGUUUAUUAAU